CAGCAUCUUAAAACAACAUCCCCUCCUUUGUGUCUUGUUUUCCUCUAUGGAAAAGAGCGUCUUCCUUUUAGUUUUUGUGUUCUGCAACAAUCAUACAGACAGACAUACUUAAGUUUUACAGCAUACAAAACCGAUUGUCAGUCUGGAUAAUUUAAAAUGGAUAAAUCUGCCGUGUAACCACCGAAAAAUCUACAUCAAUACAAAAUAUUUCUGCCAGGCAUUUCUUAUUAUUUUUGUCUUCUUAAUUGGUCAUUUUUAUCAGUUGUCAUAGCUAAAAUGCUAUUGACUAUAACUACUACAACGUAUCGCCGUUAUCCCCGUCUUCAUUAACAGGUUGUAAUCAGUUUGAUAUUCGCCCAGCGCCUGGGUAUCCCUUUCGAUGUGUUUUAGAUGUACUGGUUUAUUAUGGAAUCAAGAAAUAUGCAGUUUUACAUUAAAGCAAUACAUGAGGAAAAAAUAUUGGCAGCCAAUUGAAUCGUUCGGAAGACAUUUUUUCCCCCAAUAUGUAAUUUGAGCUAUUUUAAUAAAUAUCUACCGUAGAUGCAGAAAAAAGCAUUUGAGCAUAAUAAUAUGGGAUUGUAUAAGGCACGAAAUGAUCACAUCAGUGGUAUGAAUCUACUUGUUAUGAAUUUAAGUUGUGUUGGCUUCACAAAACGUCCUCUGUGGUUUCAAUGUAAAGGUGAUGGUAUCUUAUGAUGCCAAAAAAAGAAAACGGAAAAAGCAACAAUAUGGUCAAUAAAAACUAACAGAAAAUAUUUAAUUGCCAUUUGCUCAAUUAUGUUACACUGAUGUAGAUAUACUAACAUUUAUUCUAAUCUAUAAAGCAAAGAUUGUUGCUGAAAUUUCACAUUCAUUGAAAGACUGGGUGAUUUUCAAUACUAACAUGUUUUCUUCUUUCCAAACAUGUCUAAAAUGUCAGUAGAGAUGUUUAAUGAAAUUGUACACAUUUUUUUAAGUAUCGUUUUGGGCCUUUUUCUGGAUGUAUUUACACCUGGAAAGGAGGAAACGGAUUCGUUCUUUCUAUGCAACUGCGACCUCUGUUGUUCACAACCAGUCACGAUUACAAAAAUCAAGUUAGGACUUCUGCAAGUAAAUUGAUAAUAUUGCAUUUGGUCUUGACACUUGGGCAGCGUCACAAACUAUACGACCUUCACACUGUGCGGAAAUUAUUCUGUUUGCACAUGCUAAUUAUUUGACCUUGUAUUUUCAGUGAAACAAAUUCUUCUAUAUUGUAAGUCAACGGCUCAAUAUUUAAUUGAUCCAAUGUCGCCACCUAACGGCAAUGAGAAUACAUUGUUAGCAGUGGGAUGUUUGGACAAUAUGCGGGAUUAUUUCUGGAGUAUCGAAAUGGAGUUCUGAUUUUAUAUACCCUACAUCCUAACGUUUCACGUGAAACAUUCUGUAAUUACCAUAAAACCCUAUGUUAAACAGAGAGGAACUGCAAGGGUAUAUACGUUAUCUGGUUAUAUAUGUUAAAGUAUCGGAACACGAAGUUUACAAUAAAUUCAGAUUAAAGACACAAACAUGCUCUUUAUUGAAGAAUAAUACGUCAGCCUGCCUCUAAUCCAUAGUACAAUAAUCUAUUUUAACGGAGAUUAAAAAAUAUUUUCCCCUUGGGAGAUUUUGUUGGCGACUACUAAUUAAAUGUUCCAGCAGAAUGACGCGGGCCAGCCUUUCAGCGUGGGUGGUGUUGUGACACCUCACUCCGCUUUUUGAAUGUAACAUCUCUUGUGGUUUCCAGACCUCUGUCUCAGUACACAUACUCUUUCGACCCACUCUUGUUUUGCAUUUGUAAAAUAUGUUGGCAAGACAUGUUGACACUCCUCCAAGACCUUCGGGUUUGUUUUAUCUAUUGGAUGUCACUAACAUGUGUUUAUUAAGCAUCACAGCCGAAGAGCGCGCGCUGGAUAGCGUCAACAGAACGGCGAUGCUGUCAAAUUACGACUUUACGGGAUGGAGUACAGCACUUGCAAUUUCUCUUUUUCGCCUUGCAUAUACGUCGCAGCUACCGAUAAAACAGUUAUAAACACUGCAUAUUUGCGGUUCAUCUGUGUUGCUUCUCUAGCUGAAGUUUUUUUUUUCGCUCUCUCUCUCUCUUUCUCUCUCUUCUCUCUCUUGUAAAUGUAAAUGGAUUUUUGCGAAAGCGUUACUGAUGCGUGUACAAACUUUACUAAUAGUUGUCUGGAAGUCAGACUAUGGCUAGUACGGCGGAGGAGUGCCAGUCUGUUCUCAUUGGAUCACUUUCAUCCAAAAGAUUUUUUUUCAUGAAGUGCGAGUGGGAGGAGAGAGAGAAGUGGCGAGGAACAUCAAAAAUAAACCUCUAAUGUUUAAGCCAGAAGGUAUAAAUACCACAGCAUCAAGGACCCCUCACUGGCGCUGAGAAGUGGAAAGCUCAGGUUACAAAUGAAAUUGCAUUAGCUUUAAGUUAAGGCUCAGAGUAAUAUUUAAAUCAUAGACCAGGAGAAUUCAGGCAUCAGGUGCAUUUGUAAAAGGUCGUGGUCGAAAAAACUUGAAUAUAGUCUCAUAUGCAAGUAUAAAAAUCAACAGGCGGUCAAGCAGUUGUGCGUGUACGUUUUGUCAGCGAAUAAAUGUAACCUUACUACACAUUUUCGGAUAUAGGUGUUCAUUUUGUUGUAUUUUUUUUAUUUUAAAAUUAGUUAUUAAAACUAUAGGCCCUUUUGACAUAAAGUCUACACGUUGAUUUUUAAAAAAUGAGUUCAGUUAUAGCUAUAAUAUUUCUUGCGUUUUCUACUCGUUUUGCACUUGCCGACUUUUUCGAAUCGGAGGAAAUUAUACCUCUGAGAAUAAAUGAGAGGAAUAGCGGUCGCUUUUGGACACGGAGCGAAGACCGGGUGAGUUUCAGAAUUGCCGCUUUCGGUAAAGAGUUCACUCUGAAUUUGACUCCGGAUGAGAGUUUCUUAGCCCCAGCAAUUAAGAUCCACCGAAUUAGAUCAAACUCCCUGCCCAAGACGUCGGACUUCCGUGCGGAUCAAGAAGAAAUCCUACAUCCUCCUGGUCACCGCGCGUCUGACAUUCUCAGAUACAUUAACGAGACAGAUGCGGUCGGGACCAGUUUGAAAGGCUGCUUCUAUUCGGGGACUGUAGACUCAAAGCCGGACUCUGUAGUUGCUGUCAGUAUUUGUUACGGGAUCUACGGAUCGUUUAUAACAGAUGGAGAUGAAUAUCUCAUCGAGCCUCAGACUGGCAGCGGGAGAGCCGAAUCGUCCCAGAUGCAGCCGCAUGUCGUUAAAAAGCGGGUACAAGAAAUACUCAUCGACCGAAAGGAAGACGAGCAAAGGGGACAAGGAGCUCCGAUUUUAUCGGGGGAGAUGCGCGCAUCGCCGGUGCCAAGAGAGAAGCGCUUCGUGUCCGCGGAGAGGUACAUAGAAACUUUGGUGGUGGCAGAUUCAACGAUGGCACGUUUCUACGGGGACGACCUGAAGCACUACCUUCUGACCCUGGUCAGCAUGGCGGCCCAGGUCUACAAGCACCCCAGCCUUAAGAACUCAGUCAGCCUGGUGGUGGUGAAGAUGCUGGUGGUGGAGGACCAGGAGGCGGGGCCCAGCGUUUCGGCCAACGGCGACCUGACCCUCCGCAACUUCUGUGCCUGGCAGCAGCUGUUUAACCCCAGGAGCCAGCGGAACCCUGAGCACUACGACACGGCGCUCCUGUUCACCCGACAGGACAUCUGCGGGCACCACAGCUGCAGCACCCUGGGGGUGGCCGACGUGGGCACCAUGUGUGACCCGAAAAGGAGCUGCUUCGUCGUCGAGGACAACGGCCUGCAGACCGCCUUCACUGUAGCCCACGAACUAGGUCACGUGCUCAGCAUGCCGCAUGACGACUCCAGGAACUGCGAGAGAAAGUUCGGGCACCUCGGCGGACACCACGUGAUGGCCCCCGUGUUCGAGGACCUCAGCAAAGCCCUGCCCUGGUCGCCCUGCAGCGCCUACCAUGUCACAGAGUUCUUUGACGCGGGUCAUGGGGACUGCCUAUUGGAUGCACCUGAGAAUAGCCUCCCCCUGCCCAUUGAGCCGCCAGGCCUGACAUACAGCCUGGACCGCCAAUGCCGGCAGGCCUUCGGCGAGACGUUCCGCCACUGUGCCAACGUGACCGACGUGGACACAUGCGGCCAGCUGUGGUGCCAGGAGGCAGGCCAGGCUCAGUGCGCCACCAGGAAAGGCAGCCUGCCUUGGGCAGAUGGUACGCCGUGCGGCACCCAUGCCUCCUGCCUGGACGGCUCGUGCGUGGAGGCCAACUGGCCAAAGCUCCGCCCUCAGACCACCAUAGACGGAAGCUGGGGAUCCUGGGGCCCGUGGGGUCUCUGUUCCAGGACCUGCGGUGGGGGCGUGGAGUUGUCUCACCGGGAGUGCACUGACCCAGAACCCCGGAACGGAGGCAGGUACUGCGUGGGACAGCGAGUCAAGUACCAGUCCUGCAACACUGAAGCCUGCCUGGAAAACAGUGGUAAGAGCUUCAGGGAGGAGCAGUGUGAGAGGUACAACAACCUGGGCCAGAUAGACGGAAGCGGGAACACGAAGCGCUGGAUCCCGAAGUAUGCCGGCAUCUCGCCCCGGGACAGGUGCAGGCUGGUCUGCAGGGCCAGGGGCAGCAGCGAGUUCCGGGUGUUCGAGGCCAAGGUCGUCGAUGGCACCACAUGCGGUCUGGACACCACGUCCAUCUGCGUCCAGGGCCAGUGCGUCAAAGCGGGAUGUGACCUGGUGAUCGGCUCCAGUGAGAAGCUGGACAAGUGCGGCGUGUGUGGGGGCGAUGGGUCCAGCUGCAGGAAGGUCACCGGCUCCAUGAACCGGGCCGUAUACGGCUACAAUGAUAUCGUGACCAUCCCAGCUGGUGCCACCAACAUCGACAUCAAACAGCGCAGUCAGCGCGGGACGGAGCAUGACGGCAACUACCUGGCCGUCAUGGCGGAAGACGGAGCCUACAUCCUGAACGGGAACUUCUCCGUGUCCACCGUGGAGCAAGACGUCCCAGUGAGAGGGGCUUUCCUACGGUACAGCGGGUCCUCCACCACGCUGGAGCGUAUCCAGAGCUUCCACCAGCUUCAGGAAGGUGUCACCAUCCAGCUGCUGUCCACAGCCGGCGAGGCAUCUCCGCCCAGAGUCAAGUACAGCUUCUACCUCCCCAAGGGCGUCUCCUUCAGCAGGGCCGGCGAAAAGAGGGUGUCGCCACACACCAUCCAGCCAAUCGGCAGGUCUGAGUGGAUCAUGGGGGAGUGGUCUGAGUGUUCUAAGACCUGUGGGUCAGGGUGGUCCCGGCGAGACGUGGAGUGCAGGGAUGAGAGAGGCCUCCCCACCUUCGUCUGUGACGAGGGCCUGAGGCCCACCGAUAUCCGGCCCUGCGGCGACUUGCCCUGCCCCGUGUGGCAGAUGGGACCUUGGUCCUCCUGCUCACGUAACUGCAGGCAUGGUGAGCGCCGGCGUGCCGUAUUCUGCACCGACUACACCGGGAAGACCGUGGAGCCCGAGAGGUGUGACCUGGCCAAGAAGCCGACACCAGUCUCCGUGGAGUGUGCUCACCAGGAGUGCUGAACAUCCGACCCCACAGCCAAGCAACGGGAGGAUGAAACACGUGGGAUGGGCCUGCUAUUGUUAGCCUGAUCGGAGCUCAUGGAGGUUCUACUUUCACAAAAAUGUGCUGAGGGUAGAGUGGAAAAUGAUUGGUUCAGAGAGAUAGCCAUUCAUAUUGUAGAGGAGGUGGGUCCAAGCAACUAGAAGAGGUGGGUCCAAGACAUCUGAUUGGUUGAUCCCACCUCCUCUAGUUGCUUGGACCCACCUCCUCUACAAUCUGAUUGUUUCUGAACCAAUAUUUUUUUUAUUCUGCCCUCAGAACAUUUUUGUAAGUAAAAAUCCCAUGAGCCUGAUCAGAGGAUCAAGUGCUGUGGCUGGUGAUUCUCGCUAAUAUUUUUAACCACUAUUAACAGUUCUGCCGGUUUGAGAUCUACCUCAAAGGAUGUAAAAUUGCUGAGUAACAUUAGAUGACAAUAUUUCAAUUAGUUUGUUUAUUUGUAUUGUAAAGGGAAGCUACUGAGACACAGUUGUACCAUACCUCCACCAUCCCUUUACAGGAUAGCUGCCCCCCCAGAACAACACAAAUUUCAAAUUCAACCACAGAAAACUGGAACAAUGUAGCGCCUUAAUAAAUGGAGAAAGGUAAACUUUUAUUUAACACUUAAAACAAAAGCACAAGAAAAACAAAUUUUAAAAUGAGAAAAGCCACUUAAUGUAUCACAAAACGAACUUUGGUUUCAUAGCUGUUCAUAUAUAAUAUAUAUUACUAUAACAGAACAAAACAUUUUCUGUACUCAUGGGGGAUUCAAACAAAAACAAAACAUAAUGUAAUUUAGUUCUGGCUAAAUUAUAAACCACAGAAAAAAGCAACAGAGUAUUCAAUACAUUUGUACAUAAGUAAUUCAACUCGCAAAGCAAAUACAGAACCUUAAUAGUUUUUUGCGAUCAGCGAACACUAACUGAUAGUUACAUCAGCCACAAAUGAGUUCCCAAUUAUACGCACAGCUUAGUAAGAGCAGAAGAAGCGCAUACGCAUUUGAGGAGAACAAGUGACAGAAUUCUCCGGACAGGGCUCAGGAGGGAUUCUAUCAAAUAACCCCAAAUAAGCAGUUUAACUAACAAACCGUAGUAUGCUGUGCCUGUUACAAUGUCACUCCUCCCCCAAACGAUUCCUAAAACAAACAGCAACUAUGUGUAUAGGUAUUUAUAUACAAUCAUGUAUUUAGGCAACAAUAAGUUACACUUGUUUAACUAAACCAUCAGACUGUAGAAAUGUUCCCUUGCAGCAUUCUUAGAGCUCUGUGUUGGCAGGGUAAGCGUGGGCCAACCGACGGAGUGUGAGGAUGGUAUAAUCCCGACGUGAUCCUUAUGAACGGAGGUCGCGUAAAAUUAGAUAUGCUUCAAUCCAGAGUACGUGACACGUGGAACUGAAUAUAGUUCAGCCUGUAACCAGCUCCUUUUGGUUUUUCGUCAGGGGAUCUGAUCUCAUGCAUCCAUAUAAAAUUAGAAUACACCCUUUCUUUACUUUCAAGGGUAAAUCUAACCAUUAAGUGGAGAGAAGUUACGAAUUGAUCGAAAGUGCAACGUUGAGGCAUUAUGCUCACACCCACGGGCAUGUUGGUAACGGCAUCUAAAAUGUUUAUUGUUUGCUUUUUUUGCUGCAUGCGGAAACAUUUUCCAGAUUAUUCACUCACGUUGAAUUUUAGGUUAGUAUUGAUUUGUAAUUUAUUUCUAGACAUUUUGUGAUGUAGCAUUCCAGUAACUGUACAUUAGGAAUGUAAGGGAGAAAAUAUCAGCAUGAUAUUCCUUCAGUGAAGGCUUGUACUAUGUAAUAUUAAAGCUUCCUCUUAAAGCUAUUUAUUUUUGUAUAGUUUCUACAUUUUUAUGUGUAAUAUUUUUCUAGAUGCUGCUGUCUUUCAGAAUUAUAAGUGAUAAUCGAGAUGUACAAAUAAAAUAAACACGUGAAGAAAAUGUU